AUGUGGCGGGCAGCAACAGCCACACACCCACAACAAUGGAAGGCUGAAAUGAGGAAUAUUAAAGACAUCAAUUUAGACGUAUUUAAAUAUUUGCUUGCCAUCCCACCUAGGUUUUGGUCAAGAUCUAGAUUUACCUCUAGAUCACAAUGUGACACUCUUGUGAACAACAUGUGUGAGGGCUUUAAUAGUGUGCUAGUUGAUAGUAGGUCUAAGCCUAUUAUUAGCAUGUUAGAAGACAUAAGGGUUUACAUAAUGAAGAGAUGGGCUGCCAACAGGACAAAGAUCACAUCAUAUCAAGGUUCAAUCUGCCCCAAGGUUUUUAACAGAUUUCAGAAGGAGUCCUGGUUAACUAGAUAUUGGUUACCAAGGUGGUCAAGAGAAAAAUUAUUUGAAGUGAAACAUCUUUCACAAUUUGGUGAGCAAUUUGUUGUGAAUGUUGACAACAUGGACUGCACAUGUAGAAAAUGGGCAAUUACUGACAUUCCGUGUACUCAUGCCAUCACUGCAAUGAAAUUUUUGAAUAUAAAUGCAAAAGAAUACAUUGGGAACUGGUUUAGGAAGUCUACUUAUGAAGAGACUUACAACACAAUAAUUAACCCUAUCAAUGGACAACAUGUCUGGGAUGUUACACCCUAUUAA